AAAGUAAAAGCAUUCGGAAAUAUAUAAUUUUCAAUAUAAAUUUUUUGUUCUGUUGAAUUUAAGAUAAAAUUUUAAUUUCAAAAAAAGAUUCGCUCGUUUCGAAAAUAUUAAUUUUUUUUUGCAUCCCAAAUAUUAAUUUUUUACACUAACAACGAUUGUUGAAAUUUUUUUAAUACUGAAUUGAAUUCUAUCUCUAGCGACAUAUGAAUUCAAGUUUUCGCAAUUAAAGAAAUCGUGUGCAUAGUUCUAAUAUUUAAAAUUGAGAAAAUAGCAAUGAUUGAUUUUUUAUUCCCACCCUCAUUUGCGACAUACUCUUCGCUUUUCGCCAAAUAUCUAUACGAAUGGUUUCAAACAUUGCGUCGAACGAUCAAUUAUAGUUAAAAUAAAGAUUAAAUAUUUAGCGAAAAUUAUCAUAAUUGAACUUAUUUAGUUUUAAAUACAAAUUAUAUUAAAAUAAAUACUACAAAAACAAAAAUGUAAAGAACUGCCAGCUUCCUUACAAGAGGUUGAGAGCAGGGAAAAAAUUAUUGAUUAUUUUUGGUAAAAAAAGGUAUUAAAAUGUAUAUAAAAAUACAUAGUUUAGCUAUUAAAUUAAUUCAAUAAAAAUUCAGUUAAUUACAAUUUAACGAAAUAAUUUUUGGCACCAUUAAUAAUUCCUUUUCGAAGUUGACAGCAUUACCUUUAAAAAAAAGAAACUAAUGGUAAUUUUGCCAAAGAAAAAAUUGUGUAUUAGCAAAUAACAUUAGCCCUUCUUGAUGUCUAAUAAAAAUAAUACCACUGAAAAGCCAGAGUUACAUAACCUCAAAAGUAAAAAUACUACGAUAUAUGUAUUUACUAAAAAGUUUGAACACGAGGCUGGUUUUCGAGGAAAGAAAAAAAUCAUGAAGUUACAAAAUAAAAUACACAUGCAAAGGUAUGCAGCAAAUAUUUAAAAUGUCUUAGACAACAAAAGAUAGUCAUUUUGUGACAUGAACCAAACUAUAUCAAACCCAAACCCAAAAACUUAAUUAUAUUCAAAACAUAACCCAAAAGCAGCAAGUAAAAACUCAUGGCCACUAAGGCGAAAUAAAUGCAUGUGACUUGAAAAUACAAUACUUAAACCGUAUGUGUCUACUAAGCAAAGAAAAAAAGAACAAAAGAUUGUACCGAGGAAAGUCCAAACUGACAACUUCUUAAAUAGCGUUAUGCUACUAAUUCAUCUCGAAAUAUCCACUCUAAAGAAUAUUCAAUCAACAUUUUUAUUUAAAACCGAAUAAGUAUGACAUUGUAUAUACCAUAUAUAAUAUAUACCUAUCUAUCCAACACUUCAAAAAUUAGUAAGCAAUAGCAAAAAUAACUGAACAACGACAACUGCACCAUUUUUUGCAUACCUAUAACUGUAUAUGUUUUUGUACUUACAUUUUAUAUAUGCCACUUGAUCGCUUCGCGAAGCCUUUGUUAAAACUCCAACGAACAAUAAAAAUGGACUCACUUUGAUUUGCCGUUAUAUCUUUGACUUUUUUUUUAAGAAUAUCAACACAUAGAUUUAUAAAGAAAAAUAAAUGUUUAUAAUCAAAAUAUUACUUCAUAUCUUGCAUGAAAGAAGGCAGUUCCGUUCGUCUACUCCACUUGUCAAUUGUGGGAUAUUAUAAAUGCAAUUAUACUCAUUCGGACGAUAUUUGUUAAUCAUCUGCCAUAGUUUGAAGACUCUGGAUCUGAUAAGAUAUAGCUGUUUUAUAAAAGCAGUCACAGCUCAGCCAAGGUCCAAGCAGUAUUCAACGAAUUAAGCCUCGCUGAUGCAUGUCGCGUUUAAAAAGCUAUGGAGAGGCUGAAAUUAUAACAUUGUUUAAUAAAAUCAGAUAUAUUAUUAGAUGGUUUUUUGCUUAGUAACAUAUGCAUAUAUAUAAUUUUAGUAAUUUUUACUUGUUGUUUUUUAAAAUGCAAUGAAGUCCCAAAUUUUCAAAUCUUUUUUUCCGAUUGGAAAUACAAAUAUCUGUAAAUGCAUGUGUGUAUAUAGAACUCCACUUUCUUCGGGUUUCGACUGGAGUGCGUACAUUUCCGUCAUAAUAUUAUAUUAUUAUUGCAAAUGAAGAGCGUAAAAGAAAAGUUGAUUUCAGAUUUUGAACCUAAUUUAAACUACCUCCAUUAAUAAUUAAGUAAACGAAUGUGUUGCAAUCAAAAAAUGCAACAAGAAAGUAAGUAAAUAUUUAUGUAAAUUUUCUUUUACAACAACACUAAGUAAAUAUAUACAAAAAUAACAAAAAAAUUAUAAAAAAAAAAUAAAAUUGUUGAUUAAACCCCAUGGACCACCACGAAGAAUGGUCGAGUCUUAAAAGAGAAACAAUCAUUUUCUACUUUAAGAAAGAAAUCAAUAUUUUACGAACUUUUAUGUAUUCGAUAUUUGAAUUUAAGCAAGUGAAAUUUAGUAAACGUAAGUCACUGGCGUCGAAAAGUGCAGGCAAGUCAAAGUGGAAAGCUCUUCCCUGCGACCAGCAAGUCACAACAGCUGUCUAAGAGUGUACACGUGAGGCGGUUCCAAGCGUCGACUGAUAUUUUAAUGUUUGAAACUAGAAAAAAGUAAUCUUAAUUAAUUUAAUUAAACUACAACUAAGCAAAAGAAUUUUAAAUUCCAUAAGAAUGUAAAUAGUUUGUAUAAGAGAGAAGCCAGUCGAGAAAUUAUUUUUAAAAUGCGGUUGGAGCGGGUUGUUGGGUGUUAAAUUGUAACGAAAGCACAAGAGCCGGGCGCCACUUUUCACGGUAUUACAUAUACAUACCUAUAUGUAUGUAAAGAUGCAGAAUGCAAAAAUAUGAAAAAUAAAAUAUUUUACAUCAACUCAAUGAAAUCAAAAUUGAAUGCAAUAAAUAAUUUUAAAUAAAAUACAAAAAAUGCUAAUGUUAUUAAACGAAAUUCAAUGCAUUAAAUAAAAUAUAAUAAUAGUAAAAAUUAUACAGCGAAAAACAUGAAACAAUUGCUACACACAAAAGCCGCCAUUAAGGCGGCUGAGAAAAAAUUAUAUUCUAAACACAAUUAUUUCGGCGCAAAGCGCAAACCUUCCAACUAAUAAUAAAAAAUAAAUAAAUAAAUUGAAAAUUAACGAAAACAAAAUGUAAAUAUUACUGUAGAGUAUAGACAUUUUUUUCUGUUAAACGCGAUUUUUUUUUUUCAUGGAAAAUGUUUUCACUGCAGCUCAGAGUUGCAAUGCAGCAAAGGAUUUAAUUUUAAAAACAAAAAACACAAAACAAAACAUUGCAAAUACCGCUUAUUAUCCGCCCUUAAUCAAAAUACAAUCUUUUGCAUUUUUAGCAUUUUCUUUUCAACUCAAUCAACUCAAACACUCACAUCAGCGCAUAAACGCCGUAAGCGUGAGAAACUAAAAAAAAAUAUUAGCAAAAUUUUUUAAAAAUAUCACAAACCACAGAGGAAACUGACAUAUAGAAUAUAUAAAUAUGUUAGUAUGUAGUAUAGUAUAUGCAGUCGUAGGUUGCAGUUGUGUGUAUAAAAAUAUUAACUACUUAUUAUUAUUGUUGUUGUCGAAUAUUGAAAAACAAAAUAUAUUAAUGAAAUAAAAGAGAAAUGUAAAAAUUAAAGCAAAAUGCAAAAUAUACAUGCAUAUAUACAAACAUAAACACUUAAAUCUAUAUACAUACAGAAAUCAAUACAUUUAAUUAUAUAAUGAAAAGCAUGCAGCAAUUGAAAAGUAAUCGCCAGAUCUUCGAUGUCCGUUCGGAGUUUCAACUGAAAAACAUUCAAAUUCUAGUGAAGUGAAAAAUAAAUUAAAUAAAGACUUGAAAAUUAAAAAACAAUAUAUAAUAUAUAUAUAAAUAUAAAUAUGUAUGUGCUUAUAUUAUUUGUUUUCAUUCACAUAUCUCCAAAUGUAAGUAUUGUAUUAGUCCAUAAAGAGCAAGCUUGCCAACAACUUCGUCUAUUUCUAAGAAUUGUUAUAAAUCAACGGUAUGGAGCCAAACAAUGUGCUAAAGAUUGUUUCAAUGUCGUUAUUGAUACUUCCGUUGUCUACGAUAAUGUUUUAAUGUGGGCGUACUGUUAUAAAAAGUUUAAUUAUAUAGGUUAGCCAUAGGUUAUGGCUGCUUGAAUGGCGGCAAUAUUAUCAUAAAAUACCUAUUUCAUGUUGGUUUCCAGCUGUGAAAAUAGAAAUGAUCAGCAUGACGUGCUUAGUCGAUUUAGCCAUGUUCGUCUGUCUGUAUACACGCGAACUAGUCCCUCAGCUUUUGAGACAUCGAUCCGAAAUUUUGCACACAUCCUUCACACCCCAAGAUGCUGCGCAUUUGACGGAACCAUUAUAGCAUAUAGCUGUUAUACAAACUGAACGAUCGGUAUCAAGUGCUUGUAUGGAAAACUUAUUUUAUUAUAUGAGAUAUUAUAGUUUCGGUUUUUUCUUGUUUGGUCUUCAUUUAAUGCAUGUGGUACUUAACGCGCACAAAACUUUUUUUUACCCAAAUCUUCAGUUAAUAAAAAAACUUAAAGUUUUAAGACUAGGCUUUCUCAUUUCGACAUCACACAUGUUCACGCAACGUUGACGUUUAUUUAAAUUUGAAUUUCGUUUGUAAAAAUAUCAUGUUUUUAUUAUCAAAAAAGCCAUUUUACGAUUUGCAAUUCCGUGGGACAAAGAUCGUUUUCUAUAAAUUUGUGGUGUUUUUGUUUUUUUGAAUUGAACUAUUUAUUGCAACUAUACGUAGAUCCUUUCUACAAAUCAUUACAUUUUCAAAUUAGUUGCUGUGGUUGCAUAUAACAAAAUAAAACCGCCCAAACUCAUUGCAUCUAAGGCAACCAAAAUAAAUCAAACGCUGUCGUUGGCAACAAUCGUUGCAAAAGACAUUAAACCAUUGAAAUAAGUGUUUAUUUUCUAUUCGCUUGUCGUUUAAUUUAGCAGUGAGUGUCUUAUGGAUCCCGCUAAACAACUAGGAAUUGGGAAAGAACAGGCGAGAAUAGAACAUUUGGCGCGUCGCAAUUUCCAGAAGAAAUGGGCUAAACUUGGCGAUGAAAAGUUGAACAGGUUCUACAAUCACAACGAGGUCAAUCAACAGCUGCACGAUAUACUGAGAAACAAAGAUCUCUGCCCUUACAAAUAUACGGGCAAUGGUGACUCAUAUUUCGUCUCGCCGGACAUGUACAACUCAUUGCUAGCGAAAUGUCGUUGUGGUCGUAAACGCAGUGAAACACAUAUUUUAAAAUGCCUACAGAAAGCGGAAAAUUCAUAUAGUCAGCGAGCAUCGUCAGCUGAAGUCAGUAAUUCAGCGCAGCCUCAGAGUUCCGAAAAUGCAUGCCAACCAACGGCAGAUAGAAACAAGAGAGCGGUCAACACCUCUUUUCCGAAAACCUCAAAUUCGUUAAUUGGUUGGCAAAAACGUCCUUCCAGCUACAAACAAUGGGAGAAUUCAAUGAAACACAUAUCACCAAUUGCUACUAUGCCUCAACCACGACUGACAGCCACCUCAUAUAAUAUUCUUCACAUUGCUUAAGUGAUUUACACGAGCACCCGUUAUAACUACUAUACUUUAUUUUUAACUUUUAAAACAACUAUCUUUUAUAACAUUACACAUAUUUAGAUAUUUAAAUGCAAUUGCGCACAUAAUCCUCUUCUCGAAAAGGGGAAUAUCACUUUUACAGCUCUUCAGUUGAAUAAAAUUUGUUUUCUUAAUAAUCA